CACACUUUUGAUUUAAAACUUAAAGGGGAAAUUGUUUUGGUUGUUUUAUUCUGAUUGGUAAAUCCUUUCUUUUGUUGAAUACAGCUUGUCAUGGCUGCUUUAGCUGCUCAAGAGUCCACCAGAGGUGUGUCAGAUCUGCAUUCACAGGCACCGCUUCACACUGCUCCUCUUACCUCCAGAGUUUUACACCACGAUGAACAGUUUCAACGGCACCCACCCUUUUAUAUUCCCAAUCCCCAGCCUGUCCUGCCACAGCAGUGGCCCCUGUCUGCUCCCUAUGUGCCAUACACUGGCUUAGGUUAUGGUAUGGUGAUGCCGCCACCAUUACUCUUCCCUCCUUGCCUGGAAGUCCCUGGAUACAUGUUUCCUCAUGCUCAGCUGAACAUGUUGGACUACAGACGUGUGACGAACCCCAUCCCAGCUCCAAAUAUCGCCCUCCAGGCUCAUCGUUUCCGCUUUCACAACACUGUGCCUGUCAAUCGGGUGAUGGUCAACUCUGAGGUCCAAACCGAGCCGCUGGGUCGAGGUUCUACACAGAAUUCCAAUGCGGGCUCAGAAUCGGGCAGAGGAACUGGCUGUGACUCUCCAAUCUCUGUGUCGGCCAGCUUCUCCGAAAACAAAUCUGUAGCUUGCCCCGAACAUACGCCCGUGUUCACUCGCAACCGAGUUGUCGCCACCAAUACUAUUAACACUUCAGGUAGGUCUGCGGUUCACAAAAGCGAAAUCCUCCUUCAGACAGAACGGGUCCAAAUGAAAUUCAACGAAACUCCUUCGAGGUUCAAGUUUGUUGGCGCCAAUGAGAACUCUGAGAUCGCUUGUCAAGAUGCUGGUGACCUUUUGCAAUGCAGUCUGGGCUCGAUACGCUCCGAGGAUUCAUGCUCUUACCAGUCCAUAGCUUUUAAAAAGGAGAAACGGGGGGUUAAAGCUGGAUGCUCGAGAAAGCAUUGCCUACCUGCUUGUAAGGAAAUGGCCAUGGUUAGGAUGUCUCCAUCUUGUGGUGCAUUUAAAGCUUGUCCUAAACCAAGCAGAUCAAAUGCUGCUAAGAGUUUUGAAGCACACAGAAGCUUGAAAUUUCAGAGAGCCUCCGACUCAUCGAAGGGCAAGCCUGAUGGAAACUCUUCCCAUAACGUUUGCUUUAAGAUCCUUCGGCUGCCCUUCGACAUGCAGACGUGUCGGCUAGAAGCAUCCAUCUGGUCUGUGGAGUCUUUGCUGCCGUAUGUGCCAUCCAGAGAGCAGCUGAUCAAGAAUGGUCUCGUGACCCCUCAGAAAAGUCCCCAGAAGGAUUUUCGGCAUCCCAUUGACACAGGGAAGUGUCAGCUAGAGGCAUCCAUCUGGUCGGUAGAGUCUCUGAUGCCUUAUGUGCCACCCAGAGAGCAGCUUAUCAAAAAUGGUCCUGUGACUCCUCAAAGUCCAGAGAAGGAUCUUCAGCAUCCCAUUGAGACACAGAAGGGUCAGCUAGAGGCAUCCAUCUGGUCGGUAGAGUCUCUGAUGCCUUAUGUGCCAUCCAGAGAGCAGCUUAUCAAAAAUGGUCUUGUGACCCCUCAGAAAAGUCCACAGAAGGAUCUUCAGCAUCCCAUUGAGACACAGAAGUGUCAGCUGGAGGCAUCCAUUUGGUCGGUAGAGUCUCUGAUGCCUUAUGUGCCAUCCAGAGAGCAGCUGAUCAAGAAUGGUCUCGUGACCCCUCAGAAAAGUCUACAUGAUGCUGUUCCUGAAGGGGACAAUCUACAAAUUAGCACAUCCAGGCGGCCUCGCGGUCGAAACUUGUCUAACUGCGGUGAGUCACGCACCCCAUAUCGCCCUUCGACCAGCUGGCUGGCUGAUUUUGGUAAUGUCUACUACUACAGUAAAUUACCUGCUUUACAGCAAAUGCUUAACAGUGUUGAUCUUUCUCCAGAGAAGAAGCAAUAUAAGGCCCUUGAAAGUCCUGUGCCUAAAGGAAAGCAGGCCAUUGCGCCUGAGUUAUGGCUGCAUGAACACAAGAUAAAAACGAUGAACCAAAGACCAGAAGUCAGGAUUGGCACCUCGUAUCAGAAGCGCUGUUCCUUUCAUUCGUGCAGGACCACAGCAGAGCACUGCAGCCCAAGACGUCUGCAGUCAGGUGUGAGCUCUGACUGGGUUUCUCAUUUUUCGCUGGAGGAAAAAAUCUCACGCUACUCCUGUAAAGACGACACCAGAGGAAAAGAUCAUCAUAAAGUUUCAGACACUCUUUGCUGCAGAACAGAAGAGGACGCUGUAGUGAAGACAUUUGACAAACACCAGGCUAGGCAUGAUGCCAUGAGAGCUUACGAUACCCAAAAGAGGAUUUUGGGAAAUCAUUUAGUAAAAUAUCAUCAGGCUAAACUAGGAGAACAACCUGACCUAUGUGAAAAUUGCAGAUGCCUUCAUGCCAGUUCUGCUUUAAAUAGAUGUGACGAACGUAGGCUAGGUGUUUGUGAACCGAUUGAGGGAGAUCACUGUGCAUCACUGAGAUGGAGAGAACCUCAGCAGAGAUCACAGAAAGGUACCAGAGAAAAAGAAGAGAGGACAUUGAGCACAAAUGCCCAGCGCACAUGACCUAUGAAUGAAGUGAAAGCACAUUAAUAUCACAAACAUUUUCAGCAUUCUUAAUUCUUAUUAACUUUAAUAUUUUAUUCAAUGAUUUAAUAAAGUAUUUUGACUGCAAACUGUUUUAUAUUGGGGCACAGUGAUGUUUCAAUGGCUUAUUGAGUUAAGGGUUUACAAUUUUUUUCGGUUGCUUAAACACAUUUCUUGAAACUAUGCCUCAUGUUCUCAAAACAGUAAACACAAUUCGAUAACGUCUUACACAAUUCUCCAAACAUCCUAUUUUCAGGUCAAAAUGAAGAUCUAAACUUAAAACCAUUCACUCUUGCUAAAAAAAAAAAAAAAAAAAACAUUUUUCCCUCAGACAUCACGCACAAGCUUUCAAAAACACACACACUACAACAUAGUAUAACACACUGGUGCAAUAAAAUCAAAACAAUAUAUCCAAAACUGGUAAGUUCCUUGUGGUUCUCCCACUCAAAAACCUUUUUACAUGACAAAAAAAGACACAAUUAAUGUAUGCAUUAGCAAAUUUUAUUCAUUCAUGCUACACAGCGCAACUGUAGUUUUUUUUUUAUAUUAUUCUGCCUCAACAUCCCGUCUUUGUUCUGGGUCAGGUCAGAGAAUCUUAUCACAUCACAGGCUAUAUUGGUCCUAGCCAAACACAGGGGUAAAAUCCUCUUGCAUGAUCCACCCCUGGCAUUCACCUACUGAUAUGUCUCUCUGUGUGGAAGGCAAUUUGAUGCAUUUCUUUAUUCCAGUAGCAGUCCAACAGUGUAUGCACACUAAAGUUACUGUACAGGGCAGUCUUACUGUAAGUACACCUGUUGCCCUCCUUGAAUGCUCUGAAAAUGGAGGCAACGGUGAAGCGCCUCAAAUUAGGCUGCACUCGUUGCUCAGCCUCCCUCAUAGUCAUACCAUGGACAAGAACAUGAUCAACUAGUGGCUCGAAUUUCAUCUGAGACUGCUUGUC